AUGUCCUUCCACGGAGGAUUUUCGCACUAUACCUGGCAACAGGCUGUAAACGACACAUAUCUCAACCACCACCAGCAGAGCGAAAAUAUCGACCUCCAACAAUAUCUAACGGAUGGAUAUAAGCUCGAAGCCAACAAUCAAGAACUCAUACAGACAAUCAGUGAACUGCUGUGCGAGAACGAAAAUUACAGACAGGACCUCGAAGCCGCAGACCAAGCGUACGAGCUCGCGCAAUAUAUGUCGUACGUUGCGCAGUCGACUUUCGAGACCCAGAAGCACUAUUUUCAAUCAGCAGAGGAGGCAUACGCGCAGGCCCAAGAGCAGAUGAUGAGAUAUACUGAGUUGUUGGCCGACGCUUGUGCGAAGACGAGGGCUUGGGAGGCCCAGCUUCGCUUUCGGGGGUAUAUGGUUGAUGAUUUGAAUGCAGUGUUGGAGGACAGGCAGGCCAUGAUCGACGAGUAUCGGCGCCGCAUCGGGCAGGUCGAGAAUCCGUGCUGGGCUGCGGAUGUCUGCGCGUGGAGGUAUCUCCUGGUCGAAGAAGGUGAGAUUCUGGGGGAGAUACUGUUUCGGAUCAGUCGUGCUGCUGAUGAGAUGGAGGAUCUCUGCAGGAGCUAUCGACAGUUUUUGGCUGAUAGGAUGGAUAUUGUCUCAGAGGUUGGUGAUGGGGGAGAAUCUAUGUGGCGUGCUGCUUCUCGGGCUGCAGCUGGAAAUCGUGGUUUGGCUGAUUUGGAACGCGAUUUAGAUGACUUGAUCCAUAGGGAAAGGUCUGGUUGUGGGCUCAAUCCUUUCCUGGAGCGAAAUUUCUCGCACAUAAUCGCUGAGGCCCAGGCUAGUUGCGGGGCCAAUGGAGCAGAUGCGCAGGCACAAGAGGAGAGUGAAUGCGAAUAUGAGCCGCCCGAGACAACUCCCCCACCCUCUAUCCCUAUAACACCAGGGGGUCAUCCCAAUUUAGGGGAGGGGCAGAUGUUUGCCAGCUACAUCCAGCCACCGCAGGCCACAUUUAUAGGGCAAAACAACUGGUUUCAUAUAUAUGGCAGUGCACCGCAGGAUACUGUCAUGUUCAAUGACACACAGGAUCCAGUCGGUCAGCCCAUAGAUUCGCAUGUCUUUACACUAGAUGUGGAGCUUACUCAAGUAUCACAGAGAAUCUUCGAUUGUGUCAUGCGCCCUGCCAACGCAAGGUCAGUGUGA